CUAACAUUCAUCGUGGAACUGUAGAGUAGCGGAAGAAUCAGUUCUGUAUUUGGAGCCGUUACUCUCAGCUUGUAGUCGGGAUUUUGCCAGUCUCCCCUUUCAGAAGACACGUUGUUGCGACACUCGGCGACCUGCCCAUGGGAGAUUCUGUUCUCACCCGGAGCGCACUUUCCCAGAGUUCUUGCAGUUAACCAACGAUACUAUUUUCGGGAUGAGAUAAACGAGAGGGGCCUUUGAAAAAAAGUGUCGACGUGACUUUAACGAGACACCAGCACACAUAUUCCCGACGUGGCUCUAGUUUUUCUGUCUUCCGCAGCACUGCUGGGGUCGCCGUCUCGCUUCGUAUUCCCUUCCCUGGACACAGUGAAACUCACCGGAAAUUGCCCUGAAAGAAGCGGGGCAUGCAGGAGAUACAGUUCCCUCCUCAUUCCGAUGGAUGGCGCGCUGAAAAAAUGCUUCAGUUUCACACUGUUCUUCGCUUCUCUCCGGUAAAACUGCUGCUUGGAAAAAGAGCCCAUCCGUGCAGCACGCGUGCAGCGUCACUGGGCGAGCAAACUGUGAACGUGUCGAGGUGAUUACCCGUGAGGCUGAAACUGCCUCGCUUUCAGAACAUGAUUCCACUUUGCAUGUAAAACAUCUCAUAAUUCUCUCGCCUUAUUUGCUUGUUCUGUUCCUGCACAACCCGUGGAUUUACGUUGAUGCCGGGCUGACAGCCGCAGGUUUCCGUCGCCUCUUGUCUAGAGAGCUCUCAUUCAGGCUGAAGAGUGUUUCCCCCCUACAGUCAUUUCCUGGUUAUGUUUUUCCAUUCCCCUGUCGACUAAACGUGCGAGAAGCACCAGUCUAGGCAGAAACCGAGGUUCCUUAAUUUCCCCCGUCAGCCUCAACCGCCGAAACGAAGCGGCACACACAGUUCCGUUUUCAUACAAACGUACGGUGGUAACAGCCUAUUCAGGGUAAACCAAAGUUUCUGUAAUUCCGUGCAGUAUGUAUGAAUGCGCAAAGUGAGACUUCUUGGCGAUCUACGAUAACCCUCGCGCACGCGCUCUUUCUCGAGGCCUUCAUCCACGUCAGCAGAAUGGCAGCGCGGCUCGGAGUCUGUUCUAGGGGGUCCGCAAGCAAGUGUGCUUCCAGAGAAGCGACAGCGUCUUUCUCCGGGAGAUCGCUGCUCCGUCAUGGUGAGUACGUCCUCGUCUGUCGUAGAGUCACCUUCCUCUUCCUCCUCUACGCGCUCUGCUUGAAUGUGCCUGGCGUCUUCGCUGAGUAUCCGCGAGGCGGCCGCAGUCGGGGUAGCGGCUCCUCCUACGCCAAUCAGCACCAGCGCGUAACUCGCGCGACCCCGCUGUUCGGUUUCUCCAGAUCGCCUUCGCCGGAGUCUCUGGUGACGGCUCUGCUUCUUUUUGCUGGGUUUGCUGCUCUAUUUCUGCUCCUUGUGCGGCGCGGGUCCUCCCGGACCUCGUCAGCGGCAGCCACGGGUGUAAUCGGAGGCAACGCUACUGAGGGCAAGGACGAUGAUAGCGUUUUUCGCCCAUGCGCGUCGAUUUGUCUCAAUGAGAUUCUGUUGAAGAAGUCCGCGGACGGCGACAAGUUUGUGACGGUGGAUGCCGCCAUCGACCCCUUUCUCUCUCUGUGCAGUUGGAGCAAGCUCUUCGUUUUCGUUCAAGUGAACACCGAUGAAGAGGAGCAACAAGUACUGGACGAACUUGAAAAACUCCAGGCGUUCGAACGCGGUCUUCAGCGCCAUAGGGUCAUGUUUUCUUCCACCAGGAAUGGUCGAGCGUCGAUGGUCCGUCAGCUGCAGCCCCUCACUCACAUCGACGCUGAUGAUUUCAUUGCCGUCACGCUCGAGGGCAAGGUUCCUAAUGUAGUCUACCUUCAAGAACCUCUCAAGGAAUGCGUAGCUGUACUUCAAGCAGCGCUCCAAAGCCCAACGGCAGCAUAGAGACAGAAGGUGAACCUGCUACGCUGGCGCUGGGCGAUCGGCGUCUGACUAAUGUUCGACUGACUUUUGUAUUCGGGGUCCGUGCUCUCAAUUGUUCUUUCUUUUGGUUCGAGACUGUAGAAGUGUACCAGCAGACCUCUGGCAAGGGUAGGCACGACUGCGAGGAGCUGAUAAUAUACCGGAGCUGUCUGACGCAGUUGUUGUUUCAACUUGGCCAAGAACUCGUUUCUGAGGGAUGCGUUUGUUUGCUUCACCCGGUUCUCUCUUUUAGCAGUGGCGUUCUGGAUGGCGGCUCCCUUUCCCGCUGCGAUCUGUUUCUGGCGGGGUGACCUAUCCGGGAAUCCGACAUCGGACUCUAUUGGCUUAGCGACGUGGCUGAACAAAUACUAGUAUGGUCAUAGGAAAGUUAACGGAACCUCCCCAGAAACACAGAUCGGACGUCGUGGCACACUUCGUAUGCCGCCAUGUCCUUUCUUACUGACAGACCGCGGCGCCGUUUGGGGACGAAGUGAGACACCGUGGCCUUUGAAACUGGAGUUACUGUCGUUUCGAUGGAACAUUCCUCUUGUGCUCGUGCCACCGUGGGAACGGCGGUAUGCUGCACUUUUUUCAAAAACAUCUUCACACAGAACAGAACAAAGGCGCGCCUUGUGAGGAGGGCGCGUCUUGCGGGAAUGAACGAAAGUAGUAUGCUGUCCAAACAGACGAAAGUAAAUGCCACUUAAAAGC